AUUCGACAGUGUCUCCGUCUUUCACACAUAAUCUGAAAUUCCACUCGUAAGACAUUGUGUGUCGAAAGAACGACAUUGAGGACAAGACACAGGGAGUUGAGGAAAGGAAAGAUAGGGAAAAAAUGGAGGUCAUCUCACCUAGGUCAACUUUUCAUUAUCAACCUACAUUCGAUUCAUACGAUCCACCAGGUCCAUCUAACGGACAUCAUUCACAUACCGGUAAUAACGGACAUGAAGGAAUAACUUCUUUCAAUCAGUUCGACAACAUGAACGGUUUGAACGGUAUCAAUUCCAUGAAUGGUUUGAAUGGAUCAGGUACCAAUGAUAGAAGUAUGAGUAAUGGUAGUAAUGGACAUGAUAUGUUGGACACUUUAUCUAGGUCUACACGUUCAAGAUCACCUUCACCUGUUCAAACUAAAAAACGACGUAGACCCAGUGGCGAGAAAAGAGCGAGAUGCGCAAAUGCUUGUAAUAGAUGUAAAGCGAAGAAAUUGAAAUGUUUUCAGGGUGAGAGGGCUGAAGGAACAUGUGCAGCUUGUGCGAAAUCAGGCGCAGAAUGUGUAUUCGAAACACCUCUUCCUCGUCAUGCAGGUGGAGAGAAAUACGUCGUCGCUCUCGAAGCUCGUAUUGCUAAACUGGAAUCGGCACUCGCGGAGCUGGACCCGAAUCAUCCAGAAAUCAAUGAUCAUUAUAACAGCUCGUUUAGCCCCUCGUACAGGCCCAAUGUGGAGGAUCUUUCCAAAGAAGUGGGUUUUGUCAGUGUUAACAAAUCUGGAUCGGAACAGUUCUUUGGGGAAUCUUCAGGGUAUACAUUUACCCGAACCAAGCCUGACCCAAGAUCUUUAGUUCAAAACUCUUCUUCAGCUCCUCCUUCCCGUUAUCUCGUCAAUCCCAAUCCUCCUUUACCAACACCCGAGGUCUCUGAGAAAAUCCUCCAAAUGAUUUACCUACAUAUUCAAUCCCGAUACGGAUUCGUCGAAUGGCAUCGUAUUCGCGCAUGGCACGCUCGACGUGAAAAAGUCUGCUUCACUCCUAUGAACGGUCAAGCUUCUUUCGACGAUCGUAUCGGUGCUUUCUUCCUUUGGGUCAUUUACGCCGUCGGAACUGAAUUUGUACCUCGUGAAGCAGCUGGACUCGAAACGGCAGAUACGUAUCUCGAACAAGCCAUGAAAUACAUCGAUUUUGUCAUUGCUCCUCAUGACAUUACCACGGUUCAAGGUCUGGUCUGGCUCAUCUUCUACGGUUUCAGAGCUAGUGGAGGACCGAGUAUUUGGCAUUUAUGCGGUUUCGCCAUGCGUCUAUGUGUAGAACUCGGUCUUCAUCGAAAAGUUUCACCAGAAAACGAUGUUUUAACCAACGAAUUACGAAAACGAGUGUUUUGGUCGGUUUAUUGUUUCGAUAGACUCAUUUGUCUUUCUUCCGGUAGACCUUUCAAUCUUAUCGAUAGAGAUAUCGACGUGGAGCUCCCGGUAGAUGUGGAUUGUGAUAGUACGGAUCGUGCACUCAUUACGAAUUUACAACGUCAAGCUUCGAUGGGAGCACCACUUCCUUAUACGGUCAAUGGAACUAUGACAACGAUGACUUCUGCUAUACAUACUUUACGUUUAUUUCAAAUUCGUUCCAGAGUACAAUCUGCUUUUUACUCUAUACAUGCUCCUCGACCAACAAGAGAAGAAACGGAAGGUUUCUUAACGGAAUUGGAAGAAUGGAGAAGAACACUUCCACAUGCAGCGUCGAAUUUCCCUUGUCAAGAAGAAGAUAAAUAUUUAAUGAUUUACUUUCAAGCUGUUUUGUUCACUCUUCGUCCAGGUGUUAUCCGUGCUACUCCGAGAGAUCCUUUAUUGAUGUUGUGCGCUACUGCCGCUGCCGAGGCAUGUGAGUUGAUACGUAAAGUUCAUCAAAGUCCUACGGUGGUACAUAGUUUAGUAUCACUUUAUCAUAUUUUCAUAUGUGGUAUGACUCUUCUUCACUGUUUAUCCGUCUUACCUACCGUCAUUCCCACUCGUAUCUCUGCUCGUGCCAUUCGAGCAUGUUCUUCAACUCUAGCAAUAUUCGCUCAACUUUUCCCAGCCGCUAUCCCAUUCAGAGAGUUAUUCGAAUAUAUGGCCGAUCAAAUUUUAUCAGCGGAUAGUUUCCCUCCUGGUCAAGCAUCUGCCAUCGGAGAGUUGUUAGUUGGGAAUUUGGAGCCUCUUGCUCAGGUAUACGACAAGAUCAAUGGAGGUGGUAAUAACCAAAAUCCAAGUCCACCACUUAGUAAUGUUCCCGAACCCACUCUUCCCCCCGUCCAAACCACCGGACCAGAAAUGCUCACACCCGGCUCAUUAUCAUCCAACAUACCUGCCUCAGGUAUGAUAACGACUUCUGGUAAUUCAUUCCCUAAUCUCGCCAUUGGAGAAUUUGCCAAUCUACAUAAUUUUGGUGAUUUAGCUUCUUUAUUGGAUUUCCCUAAUGAUGGUGGAUGGCAACAUGAUUGGGCAGAAGGAUGGCCACAGAAGUAAAGUUGGUUUUGUGGUGUUUGUGGUGACACUUUUCCUGAUAACGUCUUGCCCGCCAUCAUCGUUCUCGAUACUGUAUAGAAAUCUUAGAGAUUCUUGGAGAAACCCUGAAGAACGAUAGAUGGUUUUGUCAGAGUGGACCGAUGGUGAGACGAUAUUGGGAAAACGUAAGGUUUGUGGAGAGAGAUAUGAGAACCUGUGAGAUACGAGAUGUGACUUGCAUGAGAACUCAUUGUUUAGUGGAAAAAAUACCUUACGUUGAAGUCUGGGUGUAGGAGGGGGGAAGUUAGAUCAUUUAGGUGUUGUAGCUUCUUUUGUCUCGGUUGAAUGAAGAUAUUUAUUUAGGUUUU